UGGUUGCACAACUUGUUGGGUGGGGGUUUGUUAAAGAGACCGUAUAAUAAUUCCGCGUAAGGCGCUGUUGCAUCCGUUUCCGUUCUCUCUCUCGUCUGUCAUCACUCCUCCCUCCUGUGCUCUUCUGGUCCUUCGUCAUUUAUAAGCUUCAUCUCCUCCAUUUUUUUAAAAUGCCAUUUCCACCCACCUUUUAAAUCUGUCUCUCCCUCUAGCUCGCACCCUCCUCACCCUUGAUCAGAUUUCACACAUAUAAGAGAGCAGAGGGAGGAGAGAAGAGUAGACGAAUUAGUAAAAGGAGCGGAAGGGGAUGGCCACAGGAGCAGCUGGUGACGGAAUCCUCCGAGGUAUGUUUGACGGAUGCAUUUCCGGCUCCGAUUUGGGGAUCCAAAGAAGACCUUACCACCGCAAUUGUAGCUGCGCUUUGCAUAAAUCCCGGGGUCACUGCAGCCAUGCGUCCAAGUACAACAAUGUUUCGUACCCUAUUAGGCGUUCCUGGAGCGAGGGUUGUCUAGCUCUAAUGGGGGCUGCAAGUAAUCACAACAAUUCCUCCCCUUCGCCUUGCACUUCGCCGGCGUUUGGGGCGGAGGCUAAGAGACCCCAGUUGGUUUUGAGUAGAGAAGACGAAAAUGAUCACGAAAAAUAGUAGUUUUUCGUUUCUUUGAAAUAAGAUGUUCUGAAGGUUGACAUUAAGAAAUUACUACUAGUGGGUAGGUUUGUUCUUUGUUUUUUGCCAGAUUUUGUGUCUUGACUGCAUUGCAUGUCGUUGGGCUGUUCAAAUCUGGUUUAUGCUGUAAUUUUGCGGUGGAAAGUUGGAAUCGGGCAAGACAAAAAUGUUGAUGAUCAAGAGAAAGAGCAAAAAAAAAAAAAAAAAAGGAAUAGAUUCAAAAAUUAAUUUCUGUUAAUGCCGUGCAUGUAUUAUUUUAGAGCUUUCUCUUGAAUUUCCUUGUCGUUUCAUCCCAUCUAUCUAUCUCAGGUAAUGAAUGAGCAAGAGGAUUCCAUCUCGA